AUGUCAGUUCCACUAUCAGUCACUCCUAUACUAAGCCAGAGGAUUGAUCCUGAGGUGGCUCGCCACAAAGCCACAUAUCAUCCUAACGUCUGGGGUGAUCGUUUCCUCCACUACAAUCCUGAUGAUGAUUUCUGUGGAACCCAUGCUUGUAAAGAACAACAAAUUCAAGAACUGAAAGAAGUGCGGAAGAGCCUGGAAGCUACUGCUGGGAACACUUCACAGCUGCCGAAGUUGAUAGAUUCCAUCCAACGCUUGGGAUUGGCUUACCACUUUGAAAGGGAGAUCGAAGAAGCAUUGAAGGCCAUGUAUCAAACUUACACUCUGGUUGAUGAUGAUGAUCACCUCACUACUGUUUCCCUUCUGUUCCGACUACUGAGACAGGAAAGUUACCACAUUCCAUCAGAUGUAUUUAAGAAGUUCAUGGAUGAGGGAGGCAACUUCAAGGAAUCAUUGGUGGGUGACUUACCAGGCAUGCUAGCUUUAUAUGAAGCUGCACAUUUAAUGGUGCAUGGAGAAGACAUACUAGAUGAAGCCCUGGGUUUCACCACUCCUCAUCUUCAGUCCAUGGCAACUGAUUCAGAUAAUCCUCUCACAAAACAAGUGAUUCGUGCUCUAAAGCGCCCGAUUCGCAAGGGCUUACCAAGGGUGGAGGCAAGGCAUUACAUUACCAUCUACCAAGAAGAUGAUUCACAUAAUGAAUCUUUACUCAAGCUUGCAAAGUUGGAUUACAACAUGUUGCAGUCACUCCACAGGAAAGAGCUAAGUGAGAUCACUAAGUGGUGGAAAGGUUUAGACUUUGCGACAAAGCUACCUUUUGCGAGGGACAGGAUAGUGGAGGGCUACUUUUGGAUCUUGGGUGUGUACUUUGAACCCCAAUAUUACCUUGCUAGAAGGAUCUUAAUGAAAGUAUUCGGGGUGCUAUCCAUUGUAGAUGAUAUAUAUGAUGCGUAUGGGACAUUUGAAGAACUCGAACUCUUUACAGAAGCAAUUGAGAGAUGGGAUGCCAGCAGCAUAGAUCAACUGCCAGAUUAUAUGAAGGUGUGUUAUCAGGCUCUCUUAGAUGUCUAUGAAGAAAUGGAGGAAGAGAUGACCAAGCAAGGAAAACUGUACCGUGUCCACUACGCACAAGCAGCGUUAAAAAGGCAAGUCCAAGCCUACCUUCUUGAAGCCAAAUGGUUGAAGCUAGAAUAUAUACCAACAAUGGAGGAGUACAUGAGCAACGCGCUAGUAAGCUCUGCCUGCUCUAUGCUCACAACCACAUCUUUCGUCGGUAUGGGAGAUAUAGUAACCAAGGAGGCCUUCGAUUGGGUUUUCAGUGACCCUAAGAUGAUUAGAGCUUCAAACGUCAUUUGCAGGCUCAUGGAUGACAUAGUUUCCCAUGAGUUUGAGCAAAAAAGAGGGCAUGUUGCCUCAGCCGUAGAAUGCUACACGAAGCAAUAUGGGGUUUCAAAGGAAGAGGCUUAUGAUGAGUUCAAGAAGCAAGUAGAGAAUGCAUGGAAGGAUAUUAAUGAGGAGUUCCUGCAACCUACAGCAGUGCCAGUUCCACUCCUCACCCGUGUUCUGAGUUUUAGCCGGAUGAUGGACGUCUUGUACAAGGACGAAGAUGAGUACACGCUGGUUGGACCAUUGAUGAAAGAUCUGGUUGCAGGGAUGCUCAUAGAUCCUGUGCCAAUGUAAAUGGCCAGGAGAUGGUUCUAUAUAUAUGUAUGUACCAUGUGAAAAGGAUUAAUAAUGUUUGUAUAACAUG